AUGGCUUCUAUCUCCCUGUUGCGCCAGUCCCGGUCUUGCAUUGCCAUCUUCUUCCUGCUAUUUCUUACCACACUCUUCUCCCUGGCCGCCGCUACGAGCCUCCCCCGACUCGCCCCUCCUCGAGAUGGUGGCAGCUCAUUCCUGCGCCGCCUGUUGCAUCUCCCCUCGACCUGGGCUACCAGGAGGUCCCAGAAGAACCUGAAUGGCUGGGUACAAGACCACCCCGCGCUUCUCGAGAACCUGCGAAGAUACGAGGACGAGGUCGUCAUCCGCUUCAAUGUCUCCACCACUGAGCAUGAAGCAGCCUUGAGGAAGGCCAUUGACCAGAUGCUACUCGAUGUGUGGGACUUUACUGCCAACUACACCGAUAUCCGCCUCGGCCGUCGUCGCAUCCGCCCGCUGAUGGCCAUUCUACCGCCUACCCUGCAGCAUAAUCACUCUGUCCUGAUCCCCGAUCUCUCUCGCCUCGCCGCCGCCACAUACCCGUCGAAUGUCCCCACCGACCUAGCCAUACAAGCCAUUCUCCCCGGCCGUGCUAUCACUCAGCCACACGGAACUACCCUGCCUAAGAGGCAGGGUGUCGACGAUGUCUUCUUCCAUGACUAUCAGCCGCUCUCCGUCAUCACCACGUGGAUGCGCCUGCUAGACUCCAUGUUCCGGGGGCGGGGGCUCGUCCGCAUGUUCAGCAUUGGCAAAUCCUACGAAGGACGCGAUAUACUCGCCUUGAGGGUUGGCAUGCCGCCCAACAAUGCCGCCGCUGCUGACCAGCCCUACCGUCGUCGAGAUACUAUUCUCGUGACUGGCGGCUUGCACGCGAGGGAGUGGAUAUCCACAAGCACGGUCAACUACGUGGCAUGGUCCUUCAUCAGAUCCAUUGACCAGGAUCCCAUGAUCAACAAGAUCCUCGAGCAUUUCGACAUCGUCUUCAUUCCUGUCUUGAAUCCUGACGGGUAUGAGUAUACCUGGAAUGUCGAUAGGCUGUGGCGCAAGUCGAGGCAACGCACCAAGAUGCAAUAUUGCCCCGGUUUUGACCUUGAUCAUGCUUUUGGGUACCGCUGGGACUCGGUCGAACAUCAGGACGAACCUUGUUCCGAGAGUUACAGCGGGGACAAGCCGUUUCAAGCUGUCGAGGCUGCUCGGCUGGCCGAGUGGGCCAAGAACGAGACGGACCAUGGUGUCAAUUUCGUCGGUUAUCUGGAUCUGCACUCGUAUUCUCAGCAGGUCCUGUUCCCUUACGCCUACUCGUGUGGUGUCCAGCCUCCAAACCUGGAGAACCUGCAGGAGGUCGCUAUGAACUUGGCGAAGCACAUGAGGCUAUCGAAUGGAGAGGUCUAUACCGUGGCAUCUGCUUGUGAGGGGGCCGUCACGCAGGCACCAGACGUACGCAAGACGCGGACCGAGGCUGGUGGAGGCUCGGCCAUCGACUACAUGUACCAUGAUUUUCACGCACGGCACAGCUACCAGAUCAAGCUGAGAGAUACCGGAAGUUACGGUUUCUUGCUUCCGAGCGAUGAGAUCAUCCCGACUGGCGAGGAGGUCUUUCAAGCUAUGAAGUACUUUGGGGACUACUUGCUGGGCAAUAAUGGCCAUGAAUCGUCCUUGAACGUACCUCCGCAAGACCAGGCAGACCAGGAACAGAUGACAUUUGAUGACGAAGAAGGUGUUCCGGAACUACGCAGACGGAGGCGGAAGAGGUGCCUCCAAUGCACGUGA